AUGCUUAAGCUGCUGCUAUCGCUUGUGUUGGGCUUUGGCGCCGCUCGUGGCGAGCUUUUGGCCCCGAAUGCACUCGUGCUGAAUAUCACGACCACCGCGACCCACCCUAUUCCCUCGACGCUGUAUGGGUACAUGUGGGAGGACAUCAACCAUAGGUCCUAUAGUGGAGACGGUGGACUAUACGCCGAACUUCUACAAAAUCGUGCUUUCCAAGCGGUCAUUCCUGGCACCCAAAACGCUCUUACCGCAUGGCAGCCUUUCAAUGGAGCACGACUCUCCGUAACCUCAAGAACACCAGGCGUUUCUCAGGCGUUGCCUAAUAGCCUUCAAGUUCAAAUCCCAAAAGUAGUCUCUGGGCCGAUUGGGUUCGAAAACACCGGAUUCUGGGGCAUCAAGGUUCAGAGUGGAUGGAACUACACUGGCUCCUUCUACGCAAAAUCGACUUCGUUCACCGGCAGCGUGACGGUCUCCCUCAAGUCGACACGAGGCACUACGUUCGCCAGCAAAACACUGUCUGGCGUCGGCAGAGAGUGGAAAAAAUUCACCUUCACGUUCACACCGACCUCAUCCGCUUCGAACGACGACAAUGUGCUCAACUUUGUUGUGGAUGGCAAGGAGUCUGCGGGCAAGACGAUCUUCUUUGGCAUGUUUUCCUUGUUCCCGCCUACGUUCAGAGGGAGGGAGAAUGGAAUGAGGAUCGAUUUGGCGGAAGCACUCGCUGGGACGGGACCCGCAGUAUGGCGAUUCCCCGGGGGCAACAACUUGGAAGGGACGAGCAUUGCGACUCGCUGGAAGUGGAAUGAAACCAUCGGCCCGCUUGAAAGUAGGCCGGGCCGCUUAGCAGACUGGGGCUAUCCCAAUACCGAUGGUCUUGGUCUUCUCGAAUACUUGGACUGGGCCGAAGAUCUUGGUGCAGAGCCUAUAUUGGGUGUAUGGGACGGUAUUUCUACAGCCAACUAUUCCGAGCUCUCCACUUGGUCGGUGGUCCCUGAGGCAGAUCUCCAACCUUUCAUCGACGACGUGCUGGCGGAGCUCGAGUUUAUAACAGGCGAUGCAAAGAGCACGAAAGGCGGAAAAUUGCGCGCAAGCCUCGGAAGAGAAGAGCCAUAUGCACUGAAAUUUAUCGAAAUCGGGAAUGAAGACUUCUUCCAAGCCGAUUCAUAUUCUUCAUAUCGCUGGAAUGCAUUCACUACUGCGAUUGCAGCCCAAUAUCCAGGAAAAUUCGAGUUUCUGGCGACAACGCUACCGUCUACUGCUUUGACCCCUGCCUACCAAAAGAUCGACUUCCAUGAAUACAGCUCCCCAUCGUGGUUCACAAACAACUCCUUCAUGUUCGACGACUACCCUAGGAAUGGCACACAGUUUUUCGUUGGCGAAUACGCUUGCACCUCUACCAACGACACAAACACGCUUGGAGAUCUUCCCAGUGGGAGAUUGGCGUAUCCGACGCUGGAAGGGUCAGCGGCAGAAGCCGCAUUCAUGACUGGAAUGGAACGGAACAGCGAUGUGGUCUUUGCCUCUGCUUAUGCCCCGAGCUUUCAACACAUCCGCAACUUCCAGUGGACGCCAGAUAUCAUCACUUACGAUGCCAGCAGGCUCGUCAAGUCAACGUCAUACUACGUUCAACAGGCUAGUCAAAUACUUUUUAUCUCGCGCACCCAUGUUCUCUCGACUACCCCAGCGCCUAGUCCAGACACUGCGCCGCUUUUCUGGGUUGCAAGCUACCACAAUGAAAGUGAUGUUGUUUUCUUGAAGGUUUCCAACACUGGUCAGACAGAUCUCGUUGCAAAUGUCUUCCUUUCCACACCUGCGACAUCGUUGUUUGGCUCUGCCGUCUCACUAUCGUCGCCGGCUUUGAGCCAGGAUCCGGUUUCUGGGCAGUUCAACGUGUCCAACACACUGGAUAAACCCAACCAGAUCAUUCCGGUCUCUUCGUCGUUCGCCUUUCAGUUCAACGACAAAUUCAACUAUACUUUCCCCGCAACGAGCAUUACCGUACUGAGCUUCACCGUCGGAGAGAGUGCAGUACAGAUGAUUUAA